ACGGUAUGCUCGGAGAGUCAAUAUCUCGAGAUCAUGUCGAUCUAUAUAACAGAGGAGGCGGCCCGUACCUUGGUAGGGUCUGAUCACAACAUCUUGUGAGACAUCGCUGCAGCACACUCUCUUUCAAUUGGUCGCUUUUCCUGCGCUCCUGUGCCCUUUCGUUCUUUUUCGGGUUCGAGCUCAGAUUCAGUCUUUAUCGGCCGACCAGGUUGUUACAAUAUUGCAGCACUCAUAUUUACAGCCUUUUCGUUUAUCCGUUAUUCAUUGCCGGCGGGAUUCAACCACCGACCAGCAUGUACAUUUCAAACAUCCUGUCGGCUCUGCCACUCGUGGCGUUGGCCAAGGCCGCGGCCAUCCCCGAGUACGGGGCGCCGGCUCCAGAAGUUGAUGAGUCCACCGUCUACGAUGCCAUUGUCGUCGGUGGCGGUCCAUCAGGACUGAGCGCAGUGAGUGGGCUCGCCCGUGUGAGGCGGAAUGUGCUCCUCAUCGAUUCUGGGGAGUACCGCAACGAUGCGACAAGGCACAUGCACGACGUGAUCGGCAUGGACGGUGUGACUCCAGCUUACUACCGCUGGCUCGCACGGAAAUUAAUAUCGGAUUACGAAACCGUCACUUUGACCAAUGGUACAGUGACAGGGAUCCAAGCCGGGAGUAGCAAUGUCACCUCCUUCACGGUUCAGGCGACCUUGCCCUCAGGCGAGAAGACCCUCACCGCGCGGAAGAUUGUCCUAGGAACUGGUCUGAAAGACGACCUCCCUGCAACCCCGGGCCUGCAGGAGAACUGGGGCAAGGGCAUCUACUGGUGCCCAUGGUGCGAUGGCAACGAGCACGCCGACCAGGCCCUCGGCCUCCUGGGGCCCCUCGAGGAUAUCCCCGGUCUCGUCAGAGAGGUUGCAACACUGAACAGCGACGUGGUGGCAUUUGCAAACGGAACCGAUACGCCCGAGGCUCGGGCCGCGACAGAAGCGUCCUUCCCCGACUGGGAGGAGUUUUUGAAGAUCUCGAACGUGACCGUGUACAAUCAGACCAUAACGUCCAUCACACGCCUCAGGGACGGACACAACCCCGACGCGGACCCGAGCCUGGCCAGCUCGCCUGAGUACGACCUCUUCCGCGUGGACCUCGACGACGGCACCUCGGUCGAGAGGGCGGCUUUCCUCGUGUCGUUCCCAGACGAGCAAAAGUCCAAUGUCGGCGCCGAUCUGGGCGUCACGCUGUACGGCGGCCGCCUGUAUGCGAACCAGGACAAGGGUCUCAUUACCAAUAUCCCGGGCACCUACGCCAUCGGCGAUGCGAACUCGGAUAAUGUUACCAAUGUGCCCCACGCCAUUUACACAGGCAAGAGAGCUGCUGUCUACGCACAUGUGCAACUCGCGCGCGAAGACGUCGCGGCCCAGCUUGCAGCUGCCAGGAACAACGGCACUGCUGCAGCCGAGAAGAGGCACGAAUCCGCACUUGACCCGCGGGACGUCUGGGAACGCAUGAAUGGCCAGCCUGGAGACCUCCUCUACGCUGGGGACUUCUGAGUCUCUGAAUAAGCAGACUCAGAGAGUGUGCCUAAAAAGGCAUUAUGUUUUUACGAGUUCUGAGAGACGCUGCAAAAUAAAUUAUUCACUAAAGCUAUCAUACGCGGCAGAGUUGAGCUUAGUAUUCAAUGUCGAUGGCGGAGCUGGGCGAAACAUGACCGACACGAGUUUUGAUUCCUAAUCAGUAUAUGUCCUCGGACGUAGACGGAAUAGAGUCGAAACCACCCAAUCAGUAUAUGAUAACUCAUUUAUUGGGCGUUGCGAGAAUUCCGCCGAGCGAUGGUGAUCAGCGAGAAGAGAUGCUCCGUUUUUUUCGCUGGACUGACGCAUGAACUACUUCGGCAAGGCCGAGGAAGUCGGGGAAACCCAAUGACUGUUAUUUAUUCUCGGAGUGAUCGCUAUCAUACUGUCUGUCUAGGGCAUUUGCCCGCCCUCUUCCAUGAUGGGCUGUUAGAAAUAGAUCCUUAGGUCUGGACCUUUUCAUUUCCACCAUGGAUUUGUCGAUGCCAGCCAGUUAAAUUGAAACAGCACAUCUGUCAAG